GUGACGUCCUUGGCGUGGCUGCAGGGGAGGCCGCGGCGGGGAAAAUGGCGGACGGAAAGGCGGGAGAGGAGAAACCUGAAAAUCCGCAGCGAGCUGGAGCCGCCGGAGGACCUGAAGAAGAAGCAGAAAAACCUGUGAAAACUAAGACUGUUUCUUCCAGUAAUGGAGGGGAAAAUUCCAGUCGCAGCGCUGAGAAGCGAUCAGCUGAAGAAGAAGCUGCAGACCUCUCAACAAAGCCUACAAAGAUCUCCAAGUUUGGAUUUGCCAUAGGUAGUCAGAUGACAAAGAAAGCCUCAGCCAUAUCCAUCAAACUUGGCUCAAAUAAACCUAAGGAAACCGUUCCAACUCUUGCUCCAAAAACCCUUUCAGUAGCAGCAGCUUUUAAUGAAGAUGAGGAUAGUGAACCAGAGGAAAUGCCUCCAGAAGCAAAGAUGAGGAUGAAGAAUAUUGGAAGGGAUACACCAACAUCAGCAGGACCAAAUUCCUUCAAUAAAGGAAAGCAUGGGUUUUCUGAUAACCAGAAGCUAUGGGAGCGAAAUAUAAAAUCUCAUCUUGGAAAUGUCCAUGACCAAGACAAUUAAAUGAUGUGUUUUGAAAUUGGGGUAUGGGGUGGGAGUAAAGUUAAAAGGAACAGUUUCCUUUUUUAAAGAAUGGUAUAAGACUAUCUUUGGAGCCGCCUUUUUUUUUCUUUUUCUUUUUUUAAAGAUUGAGUGGUACACUAAUAAAUGAGAAUUUGAAAUUAGAGGUAAUUUAUGUUUUAUAUACAGAUUUCAAGACAUUUGCUAAUUUUGUAGUUUCAUGUGAUUAGUUUCCAAAGGUUAUAGAUGAUUUAAAAAAUCAGAAAUGGUACCUUUCUAAGAAUUGCGUAUUUUUUUAGACACAACUACUAGCACAUUAAGAGGGAAGCAAAAAGUUGUCUAUUUAAACUGUAGGCAGUUACUCUCUAACUUAACUCCCUUGUUAACCUAAAGUCUGGCUCCCAGGAACAGCCUUAUAGAGAAGGGAGUAUUGUAUUGGGAGGAAAAUGUUGCUGGACUAUUGACUGAGAAAGUAAAUUAGAUAAAAAUUAAAAUACAGCUUUUUUUUUUCCUAAUGGGCAUUUGUUUUGUUUCGAAUCAUCAUAAACUAGUUAUUGCAUUGCUAUCAGUGGAUACAGAUGCUUAGCUCUUUAAAAAGAACAUUUUAAAAUUUUAUGUAAACUGUUGAGUAUUUAAAAUAGCCCACUUCACUUUAAAGGGUCUUGUCUACCUUUGAUAGUCUUCAAAGAACAACCGUUUGCUACCAAAGUAAAUCAGUAUUUUGAAUGUGCUUCUCUUGGUUUUUGUUAUUAGCUAGUUCCUGUAAGCAUUUCCACCAGAUCUUGAGGCAAAUCAUAAGGAAGCUGUUUCUUUUAAAAUAACAAACCACCACCAAAAAUUUAAAUGUACAUAAUAGUUAAAUAUUUGGCUGUUCUUAUUUUUUAAAGGAUAUAAACACCAAAAAAGCAAGGCAACAUUGUAUGAAGACGGAAAAUAAGAAAGAUGCACUUUCUGUAACUUUAUCAAAGCAUUUAUGUUACUAACUUGUGAAAUCCAAUUUGAUUUGAACUUAUUACAGGAAUUCUUAUUUAGCACAAUAAUAUGGUUUCUUUUAACUGUAUACAUAUUAACCAGUGGCCUCUUUAAAAGCACAUUUUAGAUACUGAAUAUAAAAGGAAAGAAAAUGCAUCUUUAAACAUAUUUUAUGGAAUCUUUGACCACAUAUACUUUGUUAAUCUUUGUGUUGUAGGAUUGUGUUUAUUUUGUAUUUUUGUAUUGUAUAUGAAUUCUUUUUUUAAUGUGACAGUUAAACACAUCUUUAAAAGCAUAGUCACACAUAAAAGAAACAUAUAGUAUAAUGAUUUCCUUGAAAACUCUUACAAUGUUAGAUUUGGAGGCAGCUUCAUACUGUUUAAUUGGUGAUAACUACUCUCUGAGCUCUUUUAAUAGGUAAUAACUCCAGAGAAGCAGCCUGUAUAUAUUCCUAAUACUUUGUUCACUUGCAUUUGAGUUUAGAGUAAGCCCCAAGUCAAACAAUGGAAAUGUAUAUAGAACGAUUAGUUCUUACUUACAUGGUUUAAUUAUAUCGAUACAUGAAUUUAACUUGCUUUAACGUAGGCAGACUUCCCAUUUUUGUUCAUUUUAAUGUUUAUGUUGAAAUAACAUCCCAAAACGACUGAGAUGAAUGUCUUUACUAAAACACCAAUAAAUUUGUCAAACUCUA